UCAUGCCCCGGUGCAUUGUGGUCGCUGUCAGGGGCGCAUGCGCACAUCGGAGCUCCAUCUUUCUAUCCCGAGCGCAGAAGAGCAGCGGAUGUGUUGAUGCUUUUUGGACGUUUUGUUUUUAUUUUCAAACGACCAGAGUCGAUGUGAAACGAACGCGAGCGGACUCCUGCUCCGUUGUUGUGCCCCAGGGAUCCUGCAGCGAGCGCGAUGCGGCGUGAGGCGGGUGUUGUGAGGUAGAUCGAGCCGCUGCUGCUGCGCUUCGGCCGCGGAGACACAUCUGAGUGUAAAUCCGCCGCAGGAGCGUUUCCGGCCCGCGCGAGCAGCCAUAAUGAGCCCAGAGUCUCAUCCCGAACCGAAGCAAAGCGGCUAACUUUUGCUUUAGCAGCGGGCCAGCAGCUCGUUUAUCUGCACCGUUAGAUCGGUCAUCUUCAAGAGUGUCUGAUCAGAUCCAAACAUUAUUUACUGUAACUCGGAAUUCAGAAUACAGCAGUGGAUGAAUGUGACAAGCAUGAUGGGAAAUGUCUUAUGAAGGGUCAUGUUAUUGACAGGAAUCAUGAAUCUGCGAGAGCUGCAUCUGAACGGAGCACGAUGAGCCGUGCGUCUGAAGAUCGGGAGGUGUGCUGUCUGCUGUGAAGAUCCUCUCUCUCCAUGCCUUCAGUCGUCUGAGGUGCUCCAGAUCGGAAGUGUUUUCGGGCUUCUUUCUCAUGGCUUUGAUUGGUCAGACACUAGCGGCGGAGUUCCUGUCUGCAUCGAGUGGAGUUUUACACCGGCCCAUAAAGAUGAAUGGAGGACAAGAGAGGGCGGGUGUAGAGGGCAGAGGUCAGCUGACCCAGGUGCCCAUCGGCUGGCAGCGCAGGGUGGAGGCAUCGGGGGUGCUGUAUAUCAGUCCGAGUGGAUCCGUGCUGUCCUGCCUGGAGCAGGUGAAGUCGUAUCUGCUGACCGAUGGAACCUGUAAAUGUGGUCUGGAGUGUCCUCUCGUCCUCCACAAGGUGUUCAGUUUUGACCGUGGUGCGGUGGUGAAGCAGAGGACUGCGGAGGAUGUGAAGGCCGAUGAGGAUGUGACCAAGCUCUGUAUCCACAAGAGGAAGCUGAUCGCGGUGGCCACGCUACACAAGAGCAUGGAUCGGUCUCCUCCGUCUCUGACGCUCACCAGCCCCGGCGGAGGCACAAGCGUGACGUCCGUGACCCCUAUCACACAGCCUAGAGCAAUAAGGAGUAAAACCCACGAGGGCCAGCCCGAAUGUAAGAACCCGUUCAAGGCGAUGAUGGCGGCGGGGCAGCGGCACUUCUCUCCGGAUCCGUGUGGCCCGCAACAGCCGGAGGUUUUCUCUGCAUUCUCUAGGCAGAGGCACGGAGGCAUGCUGAGCCCUCCCUCAGAAGCCUUCGGCGACGACUCUGUGUCCCCGCGAACAGACGCUCUCGGCAGCCCUGAUGGGUUUGUGCGCAACACCCCCUGCGGCUUCAAGGGGACUAGCAGUCCUGGGGCCAUGCACAGCAGCAGCCGCAUCCCUCUGUCUUCUCCUGGAGUCAUGAUUCACGGCUCACCUGCUGCCCAGUCAUCGUGCAUCAUGGCUGGAAGGACUAACAUGCCUCUGUCCCCUCCGGUUCCCAACAGGAGCCCCAUCAUGAAGAAGCCCCUGUGCAGCUACCUGCCGGGCAUGGACUCCAGCAGGACCGUGUUUCCACAUAAGGCCCCGUCUGCUCCCGCUUGCACCCUGCAGAGCAAACAGCUGAGCUCCGAGAAGGAUCCUCUGGGCAUCCUGGAUCCCAUUCCCAGUAAACCCAACCCUUCCACUUUCCAGCCCAAUGCCCACUCUCAGGUACCAAUGAUGAAUGUAAACAUCCCCCCCGCCAUUGUCCCACUGCCAAGUAACCUGCCUCUACCCUCGGUGAAGCCGGGGCCAGUGGGUCACAUGCAGAGGACACAGCACACCGCCUCCAUCUCCCCGUCGCCGGUCACCUCUCCCAUACACAUGUCCGGGCUGGCCUUGGGCCGCAUGGAGGCAUCUCCACAGCGCUCCCGCUCCUCCUCCACCUCCUCGGAGCAAGGUGGCUUCGCCAUUCCCCCCUGUGGCAGUAUGAAGGUCCCGCCACGCUCACCCAGGCCCUCCAUGAGCUCGCCCCGUCCCACUCUGCCCUCCAGCCCGUGUGGCAAACCGGACACUCUCCACCAGUACAAAGACGUGCCCAGCCAGCUGCUGGCCGGGAUGAGUGCUCAGCACAACUCUAUGUAUCUGCCGGCCCCGGGCAAUGCCCCACAGAAAGAGCACCCAGGCCUCUUGGGAAUGCCACUGAACCAGAUCCUUAACCAACACAACGCUGCCUCUUUCCCCGCCAGCAGCCUCCUCUCAGCGGCCGCCAAAGCACAGCUAGCAAAUCAAAACAAGCUGGGGAGUGGUGGGGCAAGUGCGGGGACAUCUGAUGUCGACAGGGCCAUCGAAUGCCACAAUUCUCUAAAUCCCAUGCUGCCACCCAACCCUGCAAUGAUUGCGGCCGGUGGUGAGAGCCAGAGUGGACGCGCUGCACUUCGGGACAAGCUGAUGGCGCAGCAGCGUGACCCUCAACGCAAGCGCAAACUUCCUCCCAAUGCAAACCACGACAGCGCUUUGUUUAUGAGGACACCACGCCCCUCGGUCGAGCAGAUGAGAAAAACUGCUCGGCUGCCCUCCAACACGUCAAUGGCUCAGCUGCUGCAGUCUCUGAGCAACCACAGCUCACAUGGACCCCGGGGCCGAAGCUUGUGCGAGGCUCCGAGUGCACAGGUCCAGCACCGUCUGCACGGAUCUGGAGUGGAGUCUGUAGCACAGUAUCCCACCGGGAUCAACCAGAUUCAGGCCACGCCGAUGAGAAACUGCGGGCCUGUGAACCAAAGUGGACAAGUUCUUCUUGGAAACCAUGUGAUGGGACACUCAAACUCUCACUUUCAGCCGCGCGUCCCACCAAACCUCAACUGCAUGCUGCCCGCUGGGGGCACUGACUCCACGACCAACGCAGGUGAAGCGGCGCUGAGCUGCAGUGUGGCUAACUCUCCUCAGAUGAUGGCGUCCACGGGACACCUGUACCAUCAGCAUCAGCAGCAUCCGGCGCUCCACGGCUCCGCUCAUCCCGGCCAGGGCCAUUCCUUCACUACGGCUCCUUUCACAGACAGUAACGUUCCCAACUCCAACAGCUUGCCUUGCCUCUACCAGGAUUAUCAGGGCUGUGUGUCUGACGGCGGGACGCAGAUGUGCGCUCUCUCUGGAGACGCAGGCCUGUACCGUGACGCUCCGCAGAAGCUGCAGGGUGAGGUUUCUGUGCCGGGAGGCUCCGGAGGCCAGAGUUCGGUGGACGCUAUCUACAAAGCGGUGGUGGACGCCGCUGGCAAAGGCAUGCACGUGACCAUCACCGCCAGCGCGAGCGGAAGCACACAGGCUAGCCCCGUCCCCGCGCUCAGCGCCAUGAGUGCCUUCACCGCAUCCAUUGGCCCGACACUCGGCUUGCCUCACGCCGUCAGUGCCGUCAUUCACGCGCCGCGCAGAACCGAGGGCACGAGCCGCACACCGCCCAACCGCAGGAGCUCGGAGCAGAACAUGCCCGACGGCACUGACGCCCACGAGUUCUUCCGCUCGCCGCGGCCGCACUGGGACGAGCACAGCCUCGUACACUGGAGAGGAGAGGAGUUUCUGGAGUGCUCCACACAGGUGCGCAGCAGCAAAGCGGAGAGGAAGUGUCCACCGGAGAUGAUCUCCGACGCUCAGAUGGAUGACAAUGCGAGCCUGCGGUUUAGCCACCGUGCCAGAGAGCGGCUGGAGCUCAACGGAGCGCUGCCUCGCGGAGGAUACGGAGAGCCGCUCACCGGAGACGACCAGUCACCUGGAUCCUCCACCAGCUUGGAAGGGCCACUGCUCAAAGACUACACUCACUUCAACGGGCACUUUAACGGACACUGUGCGCCCAGCCCCUCAGACACCAAGAGUCUCAGCAGCGAGGAGGAGCUGCGGCACCCCGACUCUCCUUCGGCCGAGCUGCUGCACUACAGGCCCAGGGCCUUCAAUGUGGGCGAGCUGGUCUGGCCGAUCAAAGGCUUCCCGCCCUGGCCGAACAAACUGAUGGGAGAAGAGCAUGGGUGCAAUGACAGCAUGCAUCUGUCAGAACAGGCCAAGGUGGAACCUGAGCAGCUGAAAACACUAACACAAGACCUUCAGAUGCUAGACAGAGCCAGCAAAAAAAACAGGAAGGCGGGAAAGCUGAAUCAUCAGUUAGAAGCUGCGAUUCAUGAGGCCAUGAGUGAGUUAGACAAGAUGUCUGGAACUGUUCACCAGGAUCGUCAAGUCAAACUGCCCAAACCCAAGAGGAGAAAGAUUUCCAGAUAACAGAAGCAUCAGUGUCUCUCUUUCUGUCUCUUUGAUCGUGGUGCUACUCUCUAGCAGACGGCUCAUCGUGGCUCCGCCCUCAUCCAGUGACUGACAGGUGCUGGAUCAGCCAAUCAGAAAAGGCAGCAAAAACAACUUGCUGAAGUUGCUGAACUAUUUUUUUCUAGUGUACAAGGAGAAAAAAAAAGAAAUUUACUGCAUUUAAGAACACAGACAGUCCAAAUAUUUCUGAUAUGUUUUCGAUGUGUAUAUAGACAAUACAGAAAUUUCAUGGUAAAAACAUGGGAAAAGUGUAAAUACUGUAGGAUAAUGACAUGUACAAGCCAACUCAAUGCACACUUUAUCUUCAGCUGUACAAAACACAAAACAGAAAUGUCUCAUCGGCCCAUAAGGCCCAGCGACAUUACAAUGAAUAAGAGUCAAUCUGAGACUUUUCGAAGCUUCAGUUAGAGUUGUAUUUUGAGUGUGUGUGUGUGUGUGUGUGUGUGUGUGUGUCGGAGUGGACUUCACCAGCUGAAUGGUGUAGUUGGGUUUGACUCGAGCUUGUGGGCUUUUAUAUAUAGUUCAGGUCUUCCAGCACUAAACACUAAUACAUGAAUAUGUUUAUAAUUGUCCCGUGUCAUUUUGCUGUGUUUUCUGUCUUUAUAAGGUUAAGUUGGUCUCUCCUUUGUGGUAUGUGUUUGAGUUAGACGGCACUGGUUUGUUAGGUUUCUUUGGAGUCGUUCGUACUGUAAUAGUCCACGAAGAGGAAAACUAGGGGCCUUAUAAUGGGUGUUAUAAGUAAUGCAUGGACUCCCUGUUUAUUUGACAUGUUCAGUAAACUUGGCAAUAAUAUGGCCCUGUGCAGAUACUCUAAGCCUUAUACUUAAUGUGUAUACACACACACACACACACACACACACACACUUCAGUAUUAUUCCGUUAACACAGUGUUUCUUUGCCUUUCAGGUUGCACUCAUUAUUUUCUCUUUUGAAGUUUCAAUCAUCAAGAAAUUAACCAUACUUGUGGAAAAUCUUCAUUUCGCUGUGCACUUAAUGAUAUAAAUUUCCAGUCAUAUCAGUAAUUGAAUAAAAUUAGAUUUACUCUACAUGGCAUCACAUGACCAGCCGAACACCAAUCACUUUAUCCCAGUAAUGUGGAAAAGAUAAAACGCUGUCAGUAGCUGCAGGUUUGGUUUUUGGCGCUGUAUCCAUGCAUCAGGAGUCAGAAUCAGUCUAAAAACAGUAUCAUGUCAGCCAGCCGCCGUCAGAAACCACUGACUGGCCCAAUUUGGGUGUAAUGUGGUGAUGUUGCAUUUGUGUGCUGCAUUAUGGAAAGACACAGAUGAGCUGUAGAUGUUAAAUCUCUUACAGGCUCGAGAAAGUCCUGUUAUUAUUCAGAUUCAAGCUCUGAAAAGGUUCAUGGGAAAUGUCUCUUCUGAAUGACAAACAGAGGAGUUUGUUUUUGUCUGUGUGUCUAUUUUGCUUUUCUGAAUAUAUGAUCAGAAGGGUUAGAGAAGUGACUUGGUAUCAUAGACUGGGAAAUGGAACAGGUCAAAGGUCAGUGUCAGUUGUACAGAAUCAUGGUGUGACAUGGACAUCUGCCAGUAACACUAACUCGAUAUGAAGAGCUGAUUAAAUUAUUUUUGUGUGUAAACUCUAUAGAUACGUGUGGGAUUUGCAGCACAUUGCUGUGUGAAACUCGCACUCAUCAGUUUGCAUCCAUUUAAAACUCUAAAGCAGGGCAGAUUGAAUGGCAGCUAUUGGCUGUUUUCUCUCCUUGUCAUCUUUACAGAAAUCUCACUACGAAAUUAAGUGCAAUAUUUCCAUUCAGAGGAACUGGGAACUAUAUGGCGCAGAUAUCAUUGCAAUGGCGUUUCAGAGGAGAAAUGGUGCAAGCCCGUGAACAGAUUCGAUCGACUCGUGUCUCUGCUGGUGAAGUCGACUCUGUUGUCAGUGCAGUGCUGCGCUCUGUGUUCAAACUCUUACUGUUCAAGGUCAAAAACAUUUUGUGUUCAGUGUUGCCCAAAACAUUUUCCAUUUCAAUUCUUGAGUCCUUUUCUUUCAUUUCCUCUGUGUGUGUGUGUGUGUACAUUUUUAUUUUAUUCUCUUUGCUUGCUAUUUUAUGAUUGGUAUCUGACUGGUAUUACAAACCUUUCUGAUGUCAAUGUUUUUUCAAUACAUAUCGGAGUAUAUAUUUUCUCACCAGUAUGUACUUUACAGCAGUCGACUUUGUAAAGUAUGUUGUGCACUUGAUUAUGUUUGUUUCUGAUAGCUUUGAUGUGGCUGUUAGGGUUAGUUUGUUAAAGUCCAUAAUUUCUUAUUGUUUCAUUUUAUUUUUUAAGAUGUCAUAAACAGCAGUUUUGUAAAUAUUGUGAACAUUACAGGUCAUGCUGUGAUGUGACAUUGAAAUGAUGUUGCACCAAUGUUUCAAUUAAAACCUGGUCACUAAA